AUGAAUGAGCAUGGUGAGCUGGUUCAGGUACCUAUCACCUAUGAGUGGAGACCAACUGUUUGUGAUAACUGCAAACUAGUUGGACAUUCAACCAUUGAGUGUAGGAAGGGGAAAACUAAGAGAAUAUGGGUGCAGAAAAAACAACAAGUUCAGAAUCACACAGAAGUGGUGGCACCAGAGGUGGAUCAGGAGGGGUUUCAAAGAACUCUCAGGCCAAUCAGGGUUAGACCUACCAACUUGGUUCCAACACCAGUUGUUAAUUCUUUCCAAAUGCUGAAUGAUGAUGGUGGUCACAGUGCUUGCAGUACUGCUGAGUUGGAUAGGGAAGAUGACAUUGAGGAGGUUGGUCUCCUAGAGCAUAAGGUUAAGCUUCCUAACUUAGGGAAGCUUUACCAAAGAGUCUUCCCAAAUUGGUGUUUCUCUAGUAAUGCAAGUUAUCAUAAUGGUGGCAGAAUUAUUUUGGCUUGGAAUCCAGGAAGUUUUUCUGUGAGUAUCCAAGCAGCUUCUAGUCAGUUUAUGCAUUGCUUCAUUCAACCAGUGAGUGGUAUGCCUAGUUUUUUCUGUACUUUCAUUUAUGCUUUCAAUGAUAGCUCUAAUAGAGAAGUGUUGUGGAAAGAUUUGAAAUCUUUAAACACACAGGAUGCCUGGAUCUUGUGUGGAGAUUUCAAUUGUGUUAUGAGUACUGAUGAGAGAGUUGGCUCCCCUUAUAGGAAUGCUGAAAUAAUGGAUAGUUGUGAUUGUAUGCAUUUCUGUAGCAUGGAAGAUAUUAAGAGUGUGGGUAAAUUCUACACUUGGAAUAAUAAACAGCAUGGUGCAACUAGAGUUUUUUCUAAAAUUGAUAGAAUAAUGGCUAAUCCUAAGUGGUUAGGUGUUUAUAGCUCAGCUGAAGUGUGUUUUAUGAAUGAGGGUUGUUUUGGUCAUUCCCCUGGAUUGUUGACUGUCUAUCCUAGGGAUACAGGGGGGGAAAAGCCUUUUAAGUAUUUUACAAUGUGGAAAUCUGCUCCUCAUUUUCUGAUUCUUAUCUAA